CGAUCGAGAUCAAACAGCAACUUUGCACCUAUCUGGACUACAAUGAUCUAGGCAACUUGCGAGCCACCUGCCGAACCCUCUGUGACAGCACGAUGGCCGAGACAAAGCGACGACUCAAGCGUGAACUUUCCCAAGCUUGGACAGAGAUUGGCAACGUUUUCGAAUUCGACUAUGCCAUUCUGCGCAAUCCCAUCGAAAGCCAACGGCAGGCGCAAGUUGCGAUGCGGGUCGUGAACUAUGCAACCUCCGCAGGAUAUUCCCCGAUCGUCGCCCGCUGGUUCGCCCUCCCAAGUCACUACCGCUUCCCUUGCGCCCAGUGCGGACACAUUCGUCACAAGCAGACCUUUGGCAUGGCCACUUUGCGCUCCUCCUUCCUCACCAAUUUCCCGCAGCCUCCGCCAGUCGCUCAGACACACGCACAAUUCUUCGACUCACUCAUCUGCGGCAAGUGCCUUGCAGAAAACACGCCCGGUAGAUACCUUUCUCUCGGCGAGGCCGACUGGUACUCUCUGGUCAUCAAGUGUACCGAGUGCAAGGAGAUCGAUAGGGUCGAGGAGGAUGUCAGCUUCCGGGUCAAGGUUUCCAGCUUUUGUGAGCGGUGUUACAUGAUGCUCAACCCGGAGUGGUACGAGUAUAAGCAUUGGAUCCAAGAGACCAUGCAAGCGAUCCGAGAGAUCGAAGACAAUGUCAUCGUCACAGAUGACCGUCAGAGGCGUCCGCUGCCUCAAUGCCCCCUCCCUCCCUCGACAAUCGAGGAUUUGACCACGCGGCCCUAUCAUUUCAUGCAAAAUGAUAGGCAGCAGGCUCUUGAGGCUCAAGAGGCCCUCGAGGCAGGUGAGGCAGAAGAGUAG